AUGUCCAAAACCACUAUUGCCAUCAUUGCGGCCACGUCUGCUUUCGCAGGCGCGUCGCUCACGGCUCUGUUGCUUCCCCGGUCGCGAAAAGAUGAACUCAGACCGACGCCAGCAUUGAACGAGCCGUCCCUGUCAGCGACACCACCUUCUCCAGCGGUUGCUUCACCACCCGUUCCCAUCCCUGUACCGGUUCCAGUGGCUGUACCAGCGCAGCCUGCCGUAUCUCCUCUGAUCCCGCCCGUCGAUCCAUCUGGCAUACUGCGAUAUGGCUUCCCCGGCCCUUUUGCCGACACGUUGGCCACUCCCUCGCACCUCUCGUCGUUCAACAGGUUUACCCGAAAUCCUCAUUGGGUGGCGGAGCACUUUACACCCCAAUCGUUACUCAUGAACAAUGCAUCUCGGCGACAUAGCGUUUUCUACGAGGAUCUGUCCGUCCCUCCAAUGUUCCGAGCGAAGCUUUCGGAUUACUUUCGAAGCGGGUACGAUCGAGGACAUCAAGUCCCAGCAGCGGAUGCAAAAUGGUCCCAAGAAGCGAUGGACUCUACGUUCGUAUUGAGCAACAUGUGUCCGCAAGUUGGAGAAGGCUUCAAUCGUGACUACUGGGCACAUUUUGAGGAUUUUUGUCGAGGCCUGGUCAAGAAAUACCCCAGCGUCCGAGUGGUCACCGGCCCACUAUACCUGCCCAAGAAAGACGAGCGAGAUGGCAAAUGGAGAGUGUCAUACGAAGUGAUUGGGAAUCCUCCCAACGUGGCUGUGCCUACUCAUUUCUACAAGAUCAUCUUUGCAGAGGAGGCAGCUCACAGCCCCAUUGGAUCGGUGGCUCUUGGUGCUUUCGUCCUGCCUAAUGCCGAGAUUCCCAAUUCGAAAAGCUUGCGAGAAUUUGAGGUGCCUCUGGAAGCAGUGGAACGAGCCAGUGGGCUGGUCUUCGCAGACAAGCUCCCUGUUGGGAGGAGAAAGCGACUUUGCAAUGAAGUCACCUGUGAAAUCGUUGUUCGCGAGUUUGAUAAAGCUCGGCAGCAGUCGAACAGCAUCGGGCAGGUUGCGAGAGGGCUUCCCCAGAUUCAACAGCCUGGAGGCCGGUCGUGA